AUGUCGAGCCCUGCCAAAAAGCGCAAGAGAGACACCCAGCCCACACGCAGCAUCGCGUCAUUCUUCCAGGGCCAAACGGCCAAGCAGACUGAGAAAUCGGAGCAGUUAGCUUCGCUGGCAGACACAGAACAGCAUCUAUCUGACGAAGCUCUUGCUCGGAAGCUUCAGGCUGAAUGGAAUAACGAGCAAGAUUUCGCGUCUCCCGCGACUGUACCUCAUUCCGAACCUACCGCCGCAUCCCCCUCACCAGAGAAGGAUCGAGAACAGAAGAAGGCCAAGGUUGGAGUGCUCUCAUUGCAGUCAUCAACAGGAACCGAGGACACGAUAUCUUUAUCUGUCCCUUUCGAUCAGAGCCCUUUGGUAUUCGAUUCCUCUAGGUACGCUGGAGAGUUGAAAGCGCACUGGUCGGCGGAGGGUGGGAAUGCUUCGUAUGCUCUUCUUACUAGAGCAUUCGUUCUUGCAAAUUCAACUACCAGUCGUAUCAAGAUUGUCGAUACAUUGGUCAACUUUCUCCGGGUUCUCAUUGAAGGGGAUCCUUCGAGCGUACUCCCCGCAGUAUGGCUGGCAACAAACUCCAUUUCCCCGCCAUAUCACGAACUCGAGCUCGGGCUCGGCGGGUCUUCGAUAUCUAAAGCCUUCAAGAAGAUCUACGGCCUGAAUAGCCAAGGGCUUAAAUCGUUAUAUGAUAGGCUUGGUGAUGCCGGCGAUGUGGCGUUUGAGGCAAAAAAAAGGCAGAGCUUCACCUUGAUCAAGCCUAAACCAUUGAGUAUAAAAGGCGUCUAUCAAUCUCUGAUAAAGAUCGCUAUGAGCAAGGGCAGCGGAAGUCAAGAAUUGAAACAACGUAUCGUGGAGAAGCUUUUACAGGACACUCGAGGUGCAGAAGAAAGUCGGUACAUCGUGAGGACCCUCGUCCAGAACUUGCGUAUCGGUGCUGUAAAGACGACUAUGCUUAUUGCGCUUGCCAGAGCCUUCCUAGUCUCCAAACCAGAUAAUGCAACUUUUACUGUGCAUAGUCAACACGAACUAGCUCGCCUCAAGAAGGAAGAACUCGCAGAAAUCUAUAGCAGCGCAGAGGAGCUGGUCAAAGCGUCUUAUGCCAGACAUCCGAAUUACAACGACCUUGUGCCCUGCCUUCUCGAGAUCGGAGUCACCGAGGAACUUCUGCUACGGUGCGGGUUGCAGCUUCAUAUCCCACUGAUGCCAAUGUUGGGUAGCAUUACUCGCGAUCUCUCGGAAAUGUUGACAAAACUUCAGGGGCGAGAUUUCACCUGUGAGUUUAAGUACGAUGGACAACGUGCCCAGGUACACUGCGACGAGGCAGGCAAAGUCUCGAUAUUCUCCCGACAUCUAGAAGAAAUGACAGAAAAGUACCCCGAUCUUGUGUCUCUUGUUCCUCAAAUACGAGGAGAAGGUGUUUCUAGCUUCAUCCUAGAAGGUGAAGUGGUUGCCGUCGAUCAAAACGGAGAGCUCCAACCUUUUCAGAUUUUGACCAACCGAGCGAAGAAGAAUGUUGACAUUGGGGAAAUCAAGAUCAAUGUUUGUCUUUUUGCCUUUGAUUUGAUGUACUUGAACGGCGCACCCCUGCUGGAACGGUCUCUGCGCGAGCGAAGAGAAUUGCUGCGAAGUCUCUUUAUGGAGAUACCGAACCGCUUUACAUGGGUCAAAAGCCUCGAUGCUACGUCAGCCGAUUCCGAAGCCGUUCUGGACUUUUUCAAGAGUGCCACAGAGAACAAGUGCGAGGGUAUAAUGGUCAAGGUGCUCGACAAUACGCUUGCCACUAAUGGGUCCGACAGCACCAACUCUAGCAUCACUGCAACGCCGAAAGCAGAAGCAAAGGAAACGAAGAAAGGUGGCCGUCGAAAAGCUUUAUUGUCCUCGUACGAGCCCGACAAACGACUCGAAUCCUGGCUGAAGGUGAAGAAAGAUUACAGCGCCUCAUCAGAAACAUUGGACCUUAUCCCAGUGGCCGGGUGGCAUGGCAACGGGCGAAAGGCAAAAUGGUGGUCGCCGAUCCUCCUUGCUGUGCGCAACCCCGAAACUGGAGGCCUCCAAGCUGUGACAAAGUGCAUGUCCGGCUUCAGCGAUAAGUUUUACCAAGCGAAUAAGGAAAAAUACGAGGAGGGGAGUCCUAAUGUGAUAUCGCGGCCGAGCUACGUCGAGUAUAAUGGUGAGCCGGACGUGUGGUUCGAACCACAAGAAGUCUGGGAAAUGGCAUUUGCAGAUAUCACGCUCAGCCCGACUUAUCCAGCUGCUAUUGGCUUGAGGUUUUCGGACCGCUCCCUACAGGGAAUUUCCCCGAUGCCUGUCGACGAUCUGCAGCUUUGUUACCGUUGGCAAGAGAACGUCAAGGGCCGAAUAUUAGCCGAGCGUGCGUCUGCAGAAUCAAUUGUAGCGACGCAAUUGAAGCGGCCAUAUGUGGCCCUAAUGAAUAUCAUCGACUAUCAAACGUGA